GGGGGAGCUGGGGUCCUGGGAGAGGGGGACCCGUGGAGACAAAGCAGGAUUUCCAUUCAGCGUGGGCUGGAAUCCUCAUUCUGCCUCCUCCCGGCUGUGGGAUAUCGCUGAGCAUCGGAACUCCAAAUUGGGGGUUGGUGAGAGAGACCUUAGUGGGCAAUAGUUGAAGGAAAGAAAACAGGGCAUGUGAAGGUGCUGGGCACACAGUAGUUCCUCGGGAUCCUAAAGGAUCUGAUGGGAGGAAGUCACACCAUCUCCUUCUUCCCCCUUAGAUCCCUAGCAGGUGACGGCUGCAUCCCAAGUUAAGGGGUCGAAUCCAACUCUGUGUUCCGUGGUCCCCAGCAGGAGGUAGUCCCUGGGUUUGAACUGCCAAUAGUGGGCAGGAUCCUCAGUGGAUGGAAGCAAGGAAGUAGCAGCCUGAGCCAAGCGCUUCGUUCCAUGAUCUCUCCGUGGUUGUCCAUUUAUGACUGUUGCUGACCUCCAGUAGUUCACCCAAGGUCACACAGGUCCACCUGCUUCCAGAGGCCAGCUGCCACCCACAGUGUCCCACCACCAUCUCCAGGGGUGCGGGGGGACCAAGUUUUAGGCUGAGUGGAGGAUUUUGGCCAAAAAUCACAACAAAACCAAACCCUGAUCCGUAACAAUUCACUCCUUGGCCCUCUCUUCAUUUUAGUCUUCCAAUAAUCAUUAAUCAUACUUAGAAAAUGCACGGGCCUAGGCUUUUGAUUUGUAUUUGUUUUUUAAUUUCUGUUUGUCUGCGUUUGUUUGUUUUUUGGGGUCGCAAAUUAGGUGACUAUCAUGAUUACCUUUAUUUCUGUUGAAGCUAAGAUCUGGGCCCUGUGGCAAGCCAAACCCUCCUCCUCUCUGCUGUGUGACUUUGGGUAAAUGACUUCACCUCUCUGAACUGUUUCUGAGCCAUCUAUAAAAUGGGGAUGGCAAUUCCUUCCCUCAAGAGGGCUGGGGGAGGAUUAAACAAUGUUCAUGAAACUGGCGCAAUGCCUUCCUUGCACACGGCUGGUCUUCAAUAAAUGGGAGCUGUCCACUGGGUAUGCCUUCUACAUGAAGAAAAUAAACCUUUGUUGGGUCUGUUGCAGCAUCCCGUGGAAACCCAAUUUGGGGGUUAUAUUUAGGGUGAUCUCAUUGAAAAUUUAGGCCAUGUGGCCCAUGGGAAAAUUGAGUGAUUCUGGGGUCCCUCGCUUUGAGAGCUGGUGUCCUUCCGAGGAUGUCCUUUGCCCAAACAGGAAGGUGAUGGCUCCAGGAAGCCCCAGAAAGGGAGUUGGGGGGCGCUGGAGAGCUUUACACCCCAAUGCCCCCCGCCCGCCGGCGCUGUCAGACUUCCCACAAAGCUGAUGAGGUCCGUCUGUCCCCAGGACGCCAUCGGGGUCAUGGUGCAGGGACAUAGGCACUGGGGCCUCCUGAGCCCGCUAUUGGAGUGAAAUGGCCCGAACGGAAUUGGGUGGACAGGGCGCUGCCUCAGCAGGCUGGGAUGUGCUGGGCCGUCGAAAAGCGCCCAUAAAUAGGGCACCGCAGCAAAGGCAGAUUGUCUGCAGACGGUGCUGGCCCCUCUGUUCUUGCCGAGGCUACAGCAGCAGGUUCAUUCUGGGACGGGCAGGGGCGGGGAGGCGAGGGCUGCCCUGGCAGGCCCAGGCCUUUGGGGAUCUCCGCGGGGCAUGCACGGCUGGCCCCCGCACAAACCGGGGAUUCACUUAAGGGUUGGAGCCAAGAGGGAGGACCCAAUCCAGCCACCAAGCCCAACUGGUGUCCGAGGGAGGCAGCCAGGGUUGAGCCCCUGGGCACGUGCUUAGGGAAGGGGGCCUCCAAAGACUGAGCGCAGGGGAGGGAGGGGAGUGAGCAAAUCUGGGGGCUGCCAAGGAUCCUGGGAGUCCUCCAUGAGCUGGACCAGGCCGUUUGUCCUGCGGAGGCUGGGCAUAAGCAGGACAGGCAGCCUGCAGGCUGUGCUUCCCUCGGCCUGUUCCAGAGCACACGGCCACGCAGCUGUGCCCGCCAGAGUGGGGGGUGCAGAUGUGUGCACCUUGUGGACCGCUGUGGGUGUCUGAAAGGGGCAUAUGUGAGAGAUGGGGGGGCUGUCGUGUUCGGUGGGUGUGAUGGGACUGGGUGAUCACAGGAGUGUGUGCAUGUGCAUGCGUGUGUGUGGGCUGAUAAACUGGAGAACACUCCUGUGCAUCUGUGUGUCAUGGGGAUCAUGAGAAUCCUCCCAUGACUACCUUGUCAUGACUGCCACGGGGCCAGUGUUGUGUGUCACGGUCCCCACAGGGAUGAAGGGGGACUGUCUCUCUCUGUCUGUGUCUCUUUAAGUGGCUGGCACACCGUAAGUGCUUCAUAAAUGCAUGUGGAAUGAAUAACCGAAUGUAUGGAAACGUGUCCCAGGACCCAGUCCCCCGCAUCAUGCGUUCUCUAGAUGUCUAUCUGUCCAUCUCCCACCAGUCUGUGGUCUCCUGUUGGGCCCGGUCACCCAGCACCAGGCCAGGCACUGAGCAGAUGUUCAUGGAACCUUUGGUGGACAGAGGGAAGAAUGAACAAAAGAUUGGCCCAGAGCGUGGAGGUGGGAGAGAUCCCUGUAGAGGGACCCCGCUGAAGCCCACCCUCUGGCCAAGGUCCAGGGGUGGUGCGUCUACACAGAACUUGAAGAACCCUGUUUCGGAGGUGGGGGGGAAGCAGUUGGGUGUAGGGGAGGGGCAUGCGCUUUGGAGUUAGGCCCAAUCCUGGCAGCUCCCUCACCGUGUGCCUUGCGGAAGUGGCUUCACCUCACUGGGCCUCAGGGUUUCCCUCUAUAGAACAGGGAUCCUGAGCCCACUGACUGUCCUAGUCCUUGUGGCCCAUGAUGGGUGCUCAGUGGAUGUUUGUUGAAUGACUGAAUGACCGAAUGCAGUGAGUGAUGGCCACAUCCCAUGGGCAGCCCGGCUCUGGAGCUCAUCCUUGACUUCAGUCACAUCAACCCCUAGCGUGGCCUGGGGGGCGAGGGGGGGGGCUGGUGACUCACUCAUUUUCCUUUGGUUGGAGCCAGAGGUGUUCCUGGGGAGAUGGCAGAACAACAUGGAGCGCCGGAGCAGGCUGCAACUGGCAAGAGCCAUGGAGGCCUUGGGGGCACCUACAAGGUGAUCGUGUAUGAAAUGGAGAACUUCCAGGGCAAGCGGUGCGAGCUCUCGGCCGAGUGCCCCAGCCUGACAGAGAGCCUGUUGGAGAAGGUGGGCUCCAUCCAGGUGGAGUCUGGGCCGUGGCUGGCGUUCGAGCGCAGAGCCUUCCGUGGGGAGCAGUUUGUCCUGGAGAAGGGGGACUACCCUCGCUGGGACGCCUGGUCCAACAGCCACCACAGUGACAGCCUCCUGUCCCUCCGGCCUCUGCACAUCGAUGGCCCAGAUCACAAGCUGCACCUGUUCGAGAACCCAGCCUUCAGCGGCCGCAAGAUGGAGAUAGUGGAUGAUGACGUGCCCAGCCUCUGGGCUCAUGGCUUCCAGGACCGCGUGGCGAGCAUCCGGGCCAUCAACGGGACGUGGGUCGGCUAUGAGUUCCCCGGCUACCGCGGGCGCCAGUACGUGUUCGAGCGGGGCGAAUACCGCCACUGGAACGAGUGGGACGCUAACCAGCCGCAGCUGCAGUCUGUGCGCCGCAUCCGGGACCAGAAGUGGCACAAGCGGGGCUGCUUCCUCAGCAGCUGAAGGGCACCCAGGCCCCAGUGGCCCAGGCCCGCCCUGGGGGGGCAGCAGAGGCAAGAAGAGGAGGCUUCAGGGCCAGGGUGAUGGUCUGCCUGUCCCCCCUUCCCCGGAAUCUGCUCAAUAAAGCCUGGGGCCGGUCCCCCACCUGCCAUGUUCCUCUGCGUUCACUUCUUGAGGGGGCUGGGGCUUUAGGGCUCUGAGAACCACCAAGGGGGGCAGUGAGCUGGGUUCCUACCCUAAGCUCUAGUUGUUUUAGGCAGAAUCACAUGCACAUCUUGCACUGAUUUUGUGUUUGUUUUCCUGUCUGUGUUUCCAUCUGUCAGUCUGUCCAUCCAUCUAUCCAGCUAUCUAUCUAUGCUUCCACCCACCCAUCUUUCUAUCCAUCCUUCCAUCCAUUCAUCCAUCAGUUCUUUCCAUCAAUUCUCCCAUUGAUCCAUCUAUUCUCUCUCCCAUCCAUCCAUCCAUGUCCAUCCAUCCAUCCAUCCAUCCAUCCAUCCAUCCAUCCA